AAGCCCAUUAAGAUGACACUAAUACAUGAAUCUCUUUGAAACUCAUCUCAAACCCUGCCAAAACCCUAGGAAACUCUGAGCAGCACAGAGCUGAAGCAGCCAAGCAGAGGAAGAAGAAAAUGGGAAAGUUCCCACCGUCAAUGCGUUCAGCAAUCUCAACUACGCUCAUGAAAAACCAAUCUUCUGUUAUUCCUGCAAAGUCCCCACCCCCGCUUACAAAACCCCAUCACUUUCCCAAGAAACCCACCAAGAAAACAACCCCAUCCCAACUUUCCGGGAAGACCCAAGACUCCUCCUCCUCUCCCCCACCGUUCCUUUUCAAAUCCCCAAACCUCUCAGAUGCCAAGAAGCUCAUCGACUCCGUUAUCUCCUCCACUACCGCCAAAGGCCCACUCGACCUUCGCUUCCACAACUCUCUCCUCCAAUCCUACGCCUCCAUCUCCACCGUCAACGAUUCCAUCUCGCUCCUCCGCCACAUGAUCAAGUCCCACCCUUCCUUCUCCCCCGAACGAUCCACCUACCUCAUCCUACUCUCCCAGUCCUGCAAAGCACCCGACUCCACUCUCGCCUCUGUUCACCAGACCCUCAAUCUUAUGCUCACCAAUGGGUUUGAACCCGAUAAGGUCGCCACAGAUAUUGCGGUCCGGUCGCUCUGCUUGGCGGGUCGAAUUGAGCAUGCUAUCGAAUUGGUAAAAGAAUUAUCUUCAAAACACACUAAGCCUGAUACUUAUACGUAUAAUUUUCUUGUUAAGCAUCUCUGUAAGUCCAGGGCUUUGAGUACGGUCUAUAGUUUUAUUGAUGAUAUGCGAAAUUCUUUUGGUUUGAAGCCUGAUCUUGUUACUUAUACAAUAUUGAUUGAUAAUGUGUGUAAUACAAAGAAUCUCCGUGAGGCAAUGAGGUUGGUGGACGUGCUUAAUGAGGAGGGGUUUAAGCCUGAUUGCUUUGUUUACAAUACAAUUAUGAAGGGUUAUUGUAUGUUAAGUAGAGGGAGUGAAGCAAUUGGGGUUUAUAAUAAAAUGAAGGAGGAAGGUGUGGAGCCAGAUCUUGUUACAUAUAACACUUUGAUUUUUGGGUUGUCGAAGGCCGGACGGGUUAAGGAAGCCAGGAAGCUUCUGGGUAUUAUGGCGGAGAAGGGUCAUUUCCCAGAUGCUAUUACAUACACUUCGUUGAUGAAUGGGAUGUGUCGGGAGGGGAAUGCUUUGGGCGCAUUGGUGUUGUUGGAGGAGAUGGAAGCAAAGGGGUGUAGUCCUAAUUCUUGCACUUACAAUACGCUGCUUCAUGGAUUGUGUAAGUCUAGACUUAUGGAAAAAGCGAUUGAGCUGUAUGGGGUGAUGAAAUCAGGGAAUAUGAAGCUUGAGACGGCAGCCUAUGCUACCUUUGUGAGGGCAUUUUGUAGGGAAGGGAGGGUAGCAGAAGCUUAUGAAGUGUUUGAUUAUGCGGUUGAGAGUAAGAGUUUAACGGACGUUGCUGCUUACACAACAUUGGAAAGUUCGCUUAAAUGGCUGAAGAAAGCUAAGGAACAAGGCCAUGCCAUCUAACUGGUCUUGACAGAAGUGACAUAAUCCUCUCAUUCCUGGCCACGAGCUCUCUUGUGCUGAGGUUGUUGUAGGUUCUGUUGUUGACUUGAGUCGUCAGUGAGCAUUUCUUGUCCAAAGAAGAAGACUGCAUGUGUGUGUUACAUCACUAUUGUUGGUGCACAAGGGCUUGCAGCAGUUUCAGUCAAAUUGCCAGCGGUUGCAACAAAAUGCCCUGAUUGGAUGGUCCUGAGGUUGAAGUGGUUGUUCAAGAAAUCUAUAGUUACUAUCCCUGGUGCACGAAAGGCUUGCAGCAGUAUGGUUGAAUGAAUUGAGAGAGCAAUAUCGCCAACUCAAGUAGGUAGAGUCAGGUGAAACAUCAGCUGAUGGUAUUCUUAUUUUUUAUCGUGUGGCUUUAGUAUACCACAGUAUAAGCUCAUUAUUGCUGAUUAGCUAAUCUGAGGGCAUACUAUUUCUUGUCACCUUGAUAUGUGGUUUUUAGGUGGUAAAGAUGUUGUUUCUAGUCUGAUUAGUCAUGAAGCACAUGCGUCUAUAUGUUAGGUUAGAAACUUUCCCAGAAAUACUUUUCUCCUAAAGAGCCCAAGCGACCUUCUUUAUGUACCUCUUUGUAGGAUAUCAAUGGACAAAAGAUCCUUCAAGUUAGGGUAUUUCUAGGAAGAAGAAUAUAAAGAAUAGGGGUCAGAAGAUCCUGAACAUUAUGAUGAUCAUGAUAAUGACAAUGAUGACGAGGGUGAUAAAGAAGAAGAAGAGGAAGAGGAGGAGGAUCUAGAAUAUAGAAGGAAGAAGGUUAUAAUGAGGAUAGUCUCAGCUGGGCAGAGAAUCAGUGCUUUGGGACCCAUCUUGAAAUUGUAUUAGUAUUAUUAGUAGCAUUGGCUCAUUAUGUUGCUAAGCUGAUGAAUGUUGUAUGGACUUGAGACUGGUGAAGAUAUAUCACAAGCACCAUAAGGCUUGCGAGUGGCAAGCCAAGGUACUGUCGUUUUAGUCGGCAGUGUUUGUGUGUGUGUGUGUUAAGAGCUUGUGGUUUUGUAAUGCAAAUGGGUGUUUAUGAAUUUUCUUCUUUGUCGAUUGUUAUGGAUUGCAGUGAAUUGGGUGUUCUCUUUUA